AUGUCAGCCUCCACUCCACAUUCAUCCGACCCCACUCGCGUCAUCAUGGCUCUUGACAGCUCGCAAUACGAUUCCCUUGUUGCAGAUUAUGAGAGCUCCUUGUAUCUGCCCUCUCGGCGCUGCACGGAAGUAAACUUCUUCGCCAACCUGGGUGAUGUCAGAGGCCAGAGGAUCCUUGACUUAUCAACCGGAACUGGUCAUUAUGCUCGAGCCAUGGCCAAACUCGGCGCGAGCCACGUCGUCGGCGUCGACAUCAACAGCGGGAUGCUGGGAAAGGCCCGGGAGCUCAUUGCUGCUGAUUCCUCCGUCCCUAAAGACGUGAUCAAGCUUGAACUCGGCGACGUCUUCGCCCCACUCAGUCUGAAGAAUGCCGACCCCGGCUCUUUCGACGUUGUCACCGGCGUCUGGAGUCUUAAUUACGCUGGAGACCAGGCCAUGAUGGACCAUGCAUUCAAUAACGUUGGGAAAUACCUCAAGCCUGGUGGCCGUUUCGUCACAAUUAUCCCAAACAAAGUAGCUCAUGGGGGCGAAAGAAAUGACUGGUAUGGUGUCAGUAAAAGGAUCAUCGGCGAAGUUGAGAAUGGUUUUCGGAUCAGGACAAUCUUUUUGAUGGAUCCUCCGAUCGAAUUCGAUAACUAUGAUCUCGAUCAUUCGGUCUUUGUCAAAGCUGCAAAGGGUGCAGGCCUGAGAGAUUUCAAGACAGACGCGAAGGAGAAAAUCGCGCCUCCACUCAGGGCCGGUGAGGACCAAGCGUACUGGGACCGAUAUCUGGCAAGUCCACUUUUUGACGUUGUCACGGCGACCAAAUGA